AUGCCUGUUACAGACUUCAACAUAAAUGAUGAAAAACUAGCUGUCCACGGUGGCCCUGAGCAUCGGAAAACUCUGAGACAUUUCCAGGCUGGAAUCUGCUUGCUUCUAGUGGAGCUGUGUGAGAGGUUGACCUUCUUCGAAGUCGUCUGCAACAUGAUCCCAUUUUGCACCAUGAAGCUUGGCUACUGCAAUCACCAGGCAGCCAUUCUAAGCUUGUGCUUUGUUGGAACCCCAGUCCUUACCAGUGUGUUUGUGGAAUGGCUUGCAGAUGUCUUCUUAGAAAGGAACAGACUGAUAUAUAUAUCCUUAGGUCUACAUUUCCUAGGCACUGCGUUGUUAUCUGUGGUUGGUUUUCCCUCGGAAGAUUUCUAUGUAGGCACUUACUAUGUGGUUAAUAAAGUGUCCACAAAGGAGCGGAACAGGCUGUUUCACGCAGCACUUCUGAGCAUCUCCCUGGGCACAGGAGGAAUAAGAGCUGUCGUUUGCCCACCGGGGGCUUACAGUCUUCAUAAGUGUGGAUCAAAGAAGCCAAUGUCCUUUUUUAACUGGGUCUCCUGGUUCACGAACCUAACUGCAGUUGUUGUCUUUCUGGGCAUCUCAUACAUCCAGCUCUCAGGGCCCUGGGCCGUGGUUAUCCUUCUUCCAUUUUUGUCUGUAUUUAUGGCACUGAUAACUCUUCAUAUGAUGUACUGGAACCUGAUCUAUCAGCCAGAAAAAC